AUGUCGUCUUCCCCAAAAAGUGUUGUUGUGACUGGAGCCAAUCGUGGAAUUGGAUUGACGAUUGUGAAGGAAUUGCUCAAGGAUAAAAACAUUCAAUAUAUUAUUGCCACUGCGAGAGAGGUCGAGAACGCUACGGUAUCGCAGAUUUAUCAAAUCAAAGAGAAGUUCAUUUUCCAGGAACUGAAAUCUAUCAAUGAUCCCCGUCUUCAUAUUCUUCCACUUGACGUCGUUAGUGACAAAUCUAUCGACACUUUCGUAUCAAAAGUCACGGAUAUUGUGAAAGAAUCAGAAAUAUCAACCAACCUCCAUAUUUUUGAGGAACCAAACCGAGCUACUCUUGUCAAACAAUUCGAUGUCAACACCAUCAGUUUAGUUAUCAUCACUCAAAAAUUCCUUCCACUUCUUCGGAAAUCGGCGUCCAAAGUUUCCGGAGACAAACUUUCGAUCUCUCGGUCAGCUGUAGUCAAUAUUUCAUCUGGUCUCGCAUCUGUUUCUCUUAAUAAUUAUGGGUCAGAUAUCAUUCCAAUGCUCGCUUAUUCAAUGAGCAAAUCUGCAGUCAACCAAUUCAAUAAGAUAUUUUCAAUUGAUGUGAAAGAUGAUCACAUUCUUACGGUAGCCUUUGAACCAGGAUGGAUCCAAACCAAUUUGGGAGGACCACACGCUCCAUUAAAGCUUGAGGAAGCCAUUCCAGUGCUAGUUUCCAGUUUCUACAAAUUGGAUAACACCCAUCAUGGUGGAUAUUUCGAGAGAGAUUUGACUCCUCGUCCAUAUUAA